UAUGGAAGGGAAUGAAACCGUAUCGAGCUACCAGUCAGAAGAGAGCAGCUUGUUGGACAUAUCAUGUGCCAUCACUGAAAAAAGUUUUCUGGUGAAUCCCAGCACUGAGAGAAACAGCGAUCUUUCCAGUUCGGUAAAUGCGUUUGUUUCACCAGCAUCCACCAUGGUGAACACAGAUCCCGACAGUGCAAUUUUUGAAGAACACCCCACCGGAGCCAACAGAAAUUUGUGGCCCAAUUCCUGUGAAAAGACAAAAUCCAAUAAUUGUAUUACUUCAGAGUCCUUCCAAGCCAGCGAGCAUCCCUCAUCUUGGACACCUGAGCAAAAGGAUGAAGGAGAACCCACCAUUAAAACAUCUUUAGAUACUUUUUAUGGUGCCUGCUGUCCAAAAAUGCGAUUUCAUGGCAGCCUGGCACUUGAGUCAGCUUCACAACGCAUAUCUGCCAAAAUCGCAGAUCUGGCCGACAGAGAAGGAACAGAAUAUGCCCUGCGGAGUCUCCAGGUAGCCCAGAUGGUUUUGAACCAAGAUGGUAACAAGGUCUUUCCUCAACGUUCAAGGGGCACCUGCUUUUCUGCCGCUACUGAAAGUAAUGCUAGUUUGGAAGAAGGGAAAAAAAUCCCUGGACUUUCCGAUGACGUCCUUCAGUUUCUCUUAAAACAGGAUGUAACAAAAUGA